AAGUGACUUGAGCACCUGAGUUGACCCACCUGAUAGUCUUCCACUCAUCCAACUGCUGGUAGCGUUUCUGUCCAUUCCUUGACUCCUGCCUCAUCCAUGUAACUUACUUUGGUCAAUGAGAUGUUAACACAGCUGAUGUAUGACUUAUAAACGUGUAAACAAUGGGGGGGUACAUGUGGAGGUCAGAGUGGAAACAGGUGUGUGUGGGGGAACAGAAGCAAUCAUGGCUGCCAAAGUGUUUGAGUCCAUUGGAAAGUUCGGCCUAGCUUUAGCGGUUGCAGGAGGCGUGGUGAACUCUGCCUUAUAUAAUGUGGAUGCUGGGCACAGAGCUGUCAUCUUUGACCGAUUCCGUGGAGUGCAGGACAUUGUGGUAGGGGAAGGGACUCACUUUCUCAUCCCUUGGGUACAGAAACCCAUUAUCUUUGACUGCCGCUCACAACCCCGGAAUAUACCAGUCAUCACUGGUAGCAAAGAUUUACAGAAUGUCAGCAUCACACUACGCAUCCUCUUCCGGCCGGUGGCCAGCCAGCUUCCUCGCAUCUACACCAGCAUCGGUGAGGACUAUGAUAACCGGGUGCUGCCAUCCAUCACCACAGAGAUCCUCAAGUCGGUAGUGGCUCGCUUUGAUGCUGGAGAAUUGAUCACCCAGCGAGAGGUGGUCUCGAAGCAGGUGAGCGAUGACCUCACAGAGAGAGCCGCAACGUUUGGGCUCAUCCUGGAUGACGUGUCCCUGACACAUCUGACCUUCGGGAAGGAGUUCACAGAAGCAGUGGAAGCCAAACAGGUGGCUCAGCAGGAAGCCGAGAGGGCCAGAUUUAUGGUGGAAAAGGCUGAGCAGCAGAAGAAGGCAGCCAUCAUCUCUGCUGAGGGUGACUCCAAGGCAGCCGCGCUGAUCGCCAACUCCCUGGCCACGGCAGGUGAUGGCCUGAUUGAGCUGCGCAAGCUGGAGGCUGCUGAGGACAUUGCUUACCAGCUCUCCCGCUCUCGGAACGUCACCUACCUGCCAUCCGGGCACUCGGUGCUCCUCCAGCUUCCCCAGUGAAGCCUCCCCUGCUUGCACCUUCUCGGGCCAACCAGGCCAUGGCCUCCAUCAUUCUCAAUACACUUUCCUUCU